AUGGGGAGGCGCCGCCGGGCCCGGGAGCCGCCCGCCCGCCUGGUGCUGCUGGCGCUGGCGCUGGCCUCCGGCUCGGCGUUGCUGCUGGCCUCGCUCAGCCUCCUGCUGGCCGCCUGGCCCCGAUCCAGCGCCCGCGCCGCCCAGCAAGAAGCGCCGCCCGCCGCCGCCGCCGCGGUGCCACAGGUGAGGGGCGCACGGCCAGCGCGCCAGGUUCCAGCCGCGCGUAAUGCCAGCGAGGCGCACGGAAAGGUCCUUGGGGAGGAGGAGGGGGGACCCAACUCGGGGCCCCCCAGAUCGCAGAGUUGCAGAGAGAUUCGCACCGAGGGCGGCGAGGCGGACGGGCGGGGAGUAGCGGGGGGGAAGGCACCUUUAGGUGCAGCCAGCAGCACCCCUAAGGCGCACCCAGGGCUGGGCGAAAGCAGCGCAGGGCGUGCGUCCGGGAGGGCUGAGGAAUGCGCUCCGCUGUGCGCACUUUAAGUCGGCGAUAAUCCGGCCACCUGCUGUGAACGCAGGAGACCCGAGGCAGAGGGGAGGGGCGCCUGCCUUGCAAGAUGCAUAUCUGCCAACAACACACACACACACGUGUGACACUUUGGAGGUGAGCAGAUUUAUGGUUGCAGGAAUUAAUCAAAGAGUGAUUCUGAAAAAGGCAUUGCAGAGGGUUGAGCUGGAUGCUCUUUGGAAGUCCCUUCCAGCUCUACAGUCCUGUAUAUAAAUAAAUGGAAGGGAGGAGGGAGAUUGUAAACAGUGAGGCCAAGAGGCCAGCCCAGGCAAGAGCUCAAAGGCAAACCUCAAAUAUGCCCAAGAUAAGCGUUUGACAGCGAGCGAUAAGGCACAACCUUCUUAGCUUUGCUCUGCUAUUUCCAAUCCUGUCGUGGGAGAGGAAGAAAUUAACUCAGUGGGUACCAAACUUUUUGGGGGACCAUUGCCCCCCCCCCAACUCUGCAAUUCUCAGAUUCCAAACAGCAACGAUUAAUUGCAACCCAAUUAAAACUCUUGAACAGCGGUGAUUAAUUUGACCCAGCGAUUCCAGCUUGUGGAAGUCAUUUAUAACUCUAGUGCCCCACGCCUGCCCCCUUUGCCCCUUGGCAAUCCCACUGCCGCCCGCCCGGGUGAUGCUGCCGAUUUUGGGAGGCCCGGCACUAACUGAUUCCUCUGGAAAUUGUCAGGAGGCUGCCCGCACCUCCAGGGUCAGAGCAGAAGAAUGGGCAUAAGAUCUAGACCAGCUUCUGCCAAGCAGGCGCCCUCCAGAUGGGUUGGGGCUACGACUCCCCUCUGGAGGGCGCCCGGUUGGCAGAGCAGGCUGGUCUGUACCCAGCCAGUAAACAGUGCACAGCUCUGCAUUGCUGGGAAACAUUCCUAGACCCCUGAGGCAAAGCACACUGUUUGCCGCCUUGCGGGCAUGCAACGCUCGACCACAGACCGCCACAUGCCUGCCAACCCCUGCUGAGCCCUGGGCUGUGGGAAGCAGCCCAGUAGUUAUUAUGGUCUGCAGAGUGGGCAUAACACUUCCUCCAAGUCCUUUAAAUAGCUCUAAGUGGGUCACGUUCCCGCACCUUUCAGAAACCGCUGCACUGCAGGCGGGAAUUCAACCGGUGCAGCCUCUCCUCAGCAUGCUGGUGCUUUGGGGAGAGACACCGGGCAAAAGCAGGGGACCCCAUUUAACAUACCAUGUUUGAAACAACAGAUGCGUUUACUUAGAGAGGCAGGGUGGGGUAGUGGUUAGAGUACUGGACUAGGGCCUGGGAGAGACCAGCGUUCCAGAUGCGAAUCUUGACGCCUCCCAUUCCUCUUUCCCUGUGCAAAUGGCUCUGUUUUAAUGCUGCCUUUCUCACUGCUGUGAGGCUGCAGAUAAAUCCUGAGGCCGCCCCAGCUGCCGGGCGCGAGGAUGGGGUCGGAUUCGGGUGGGGAGAGGUCACCCGAGAGAUAUCUCCCCGGCCCCAGCCUGCCUUUCAGGUGGGGAAAGCGGAGAGCCUUCACAGCUUGGCCAAGCCCACCCAAGUGACUCAGUCGUUGGCCCGAGAUUCGAACCUGGAUCUUGCCAGAACUGCGUGCUCUGAAAGCCUCUGCUUUUUCUCUGAGUGGAUCUCUUCGAGGCAGCCUGGAUCCUUUGACGACCUUGUGCCCUCCAGAUGGUUCUGCCAUGUACUAGUAAUAAAACAGUCAGGCUGGGUUGGAGCAGCGGUUUUGUGGAAAUGGUCCCUUUUGUUUGGAGCCGAAACCCCCAAACGAGUGGGGUGUGACGUGUGGUUCAGAGGUGAAGCCUCUAGUGCACCUUUUUCCCACCCCACCCGCUGGACCCACACGCCCAACAGCUGGGCUGGCCCCCCUGAGGCUGGAGGCCGGCCUGUCCUGGCUGCCUCUCCGUAGCAACCUCCCAAUCGCUCCCUUCCCAGGCCUUUGCAAAUAAAAACAAAAAGCCAUCGCUGAGUGCUCCCAUCUGUUAGAUUCGAACGAGGCCCAGCAGAGUCCUCGAAAACGCAGAGGCCGUGCUGAAGCCCCAGGACUUCUUUGUAGUCCUCCCACCUGUCUGCACAUGCAAAUAGCCUGGCUACAGGAUCAGACCCAUCUGGUCCAGCACCCUGCUCUCACAGCGGCCAGCCAGUUGCCCAUUGUGGGAAACCUUCAGGAUUCGAACUCUCUUCCCUCCUGUGGUUUCCAGCAACUAGUAUGCAAAACAAUUGCUGCCUUCCACGGUGGGUCCCAGAAGCCCCCCAACCCAGCCCAUAGCCUUCCCCUCCUCCAUGAAUUUGCCCGAUCCUCUUUUUAAAUCCAUCCAAAUUGCAAGAAAAGAGAUUUCAGCGAAACAUCGGGAAGAAUUUUCUGACAGCAAGAGCCAUUUGAUGGAGGGAUGGAUUCCCUUGCAAUGUGGCGAGUUCUCUCCUUCCUUGGCGGUUUUUAAGCAGAGGUUGGGUGGCCAUCUGUUAUGGAUGCUUUUGUUGAGAUUCCUGGACUUGUAAUAAACGAAAAUCUGCCCUUAUUCCCUUAUGGGGGACACAAGAGCCCUUACAGAAUCCUUUGCAGGUUCUCCAUCGGUCGGAGAAAAGAACAGAGGCCAACCAGAGAAUAUUGAGGAGCAAAGCAGCUUGUAAGCCUGAUCUUUAUUGAACUGUUGCAACAGGGUGCCCCCUUCACACGCAGGAGAAGGAGGGAGACCCCAAACCAAGGUGUGCCCGCCCUUAUAUAGACAUUUUAAAUUGCCCGCCUUGGUGUCCAAGACCACCUCCAGACACAUCAUACCUACAUCACAGAAAGGGCGGUCUACAACAGAAAUCUGAGUGAGUUGUUUACCUCCUGUCUGGCAAGUUACCUGUUAAUGCUUACUUGAUUGGAUACCCUGGGGAGCCUGACCAGUGUUUUGUAAUGAUAAAUACUUAGUUCCUGAGCCAGGUCACAGGCUUACCCUAUUCAUACACAGACAUACCCUUAAGACAGGAUUUGUGAAGGAAAAGACAAUGGGGAGGCUUUUCAAUUUUCCCUGACCUUGCAGAGAAAUCAUUUGGUCAGUUUGGAAGUCAAAAUGGUUUCCAGGCUGUUUUCCUGUGCUGCUUCAGACAUGUGGUUUAUAUAUUUAUGUACGUGUUUGCUUGGUACAUUUAUUAUAUAUAUAAGACCUUAAUUUUUAUAUUUCAGACUAGAUGACCCUCGGGGUCCCUUUCCAACUCUCCGAUUCUCCCGAUUCUAAGUUGGUGGCCAUCCCUGCCUCUUGGAAUCCCAAUAGUUUAACUGUCCUGAUGAUAAAAUGUUUUCUCUUCUGUAUGCUUGAUGGCAAACGAGAGAGAGCUUCUGAGCAUGCGCAGAGUUGUUUUACUUUAAAAUAGAGCAAUUGCGUCUUGCUCAUCCUCCGCCCAUGAGAUGAGGACGGACGGACGGACAUUCUUCUCCAGGUCAAAGGUCACAUCCUACGAAGCUUCAUCUGGGAGUACUUUGCAAGAAUGACCUCCUCAGUUAAUGCAGUUGACUGGUUCUUUGGAAACUUUUCUUUUUUCUAAUGGGAUGAAGAUGAAUCUACAUUCUGAAAAUUACAGUAAGAGACAGGUUUGCGUGGAUGCGAUAAGAAAACAUACAUUUCGCACAGUGCUUGUCUUUUCUGUGUUUUUUUUUUCUAGCCAUACUGGAGCAGAAAUGUUUUAAUUGACUGAUGAAGGAUGCUGCUGCUUUUUGUCCUGAGAUUCCCUCGGGCAAAUCGUGGCAUUGGCACUUGCAAGGGUACCUCUGAGCAUGCUCUGAGUGCUGAGUGGCGACAGGUGUGGGCUGUGCACAACCCCGCUUCAGAAAUUUGGAGUGCCGCCAAAGCUAGCCCUACUCAGAGUAAAAUUAACAGGCCUUCCUGAGUUGCUGUUGUUGUUUAGCUGUUUAGUUGUGUCCGCCUCUUCGUGACCCCCUGGACCAGAGCACGCCAGGCCCUCCUGUCUUCCACUGCCUCCCGCAAUUUGGUCAAACUCAUGCUGGUAGCUUCAAGAACACCGUCCAAUCAUGUCGUCCUCCAUCGUCCCCUUCUCCUUGUGCCCUCCAUCUUUCCCAACAUCAGGGUCUUUUCCAGGGAGUCUUCUCUUCUCAUGAGGUGGCCAAAGUCUUGGAGCCUCAGCUUCAGGAUCUGUCCUUCCAGUGAGCACUGAGGGCUGAUUUCCUUCAGAAUGGAGAGGUUUGAUCUUCUUGCAGUCCAUGGGACUCUCAAGAGUCUCUUCCAGCACCAGAAUUCAAAAGCAUCCAUUCUUCGGCGAUCAGCCUUCUUUAUGGUCCAGCUCUCACUUCCAUACAUCACUACUAGGAAAACCAUAGCUUUAACUAUACGGACUUUUGUCGGCAAAGUGAUGUCUGCUUUUUAAGAUGCUGUCUAGGUUUGUCAUCGCUUUUCUCCCAAGGAGCAGGCGUCUUUUAAUUUCGUGGCUGCUGUCACCAUCUGCAGUGAUCAUGGAGCUGUAGAAAGUAAAAUCUCUCACUGCCUCCAUUUCUUCCCCUUCUAUUUGCCAGGAGGUGAUGGGCCCAGAGGCCAUGAUCUUCGUUUUUUUGAUGUUGAGCUUCAGACCAUAUUUUGCGCUCUCCUUUGUCACCCUCAUUAAGAGGUUCUUUAAUUCCUCCUCACUUUCUGCCAUCAAGGUUGCGUCAUCUGCACAUCUGAGGUUGUUGAUAUUUCUUCCGGCAAUCUUAAUUCCGGCUUGGGAUUCGUCCAGCCCAGCCUUUCGCAUGAUGAAUUCUGCAUAUAAGUUAAAUAAGCAGGGAGACAAUAUACAGCCUUGCCGUACUCCUUUCCCAAUUUUGAACCAGUCAGUUGUUCCAUUUCUAGCUUCUUGUCCCACAUAGAGAUUUCUCAGGAGACAAGUGAAGUGAUCAGGCACUCCCAUUUCUUUAAAUUUGAGCGUGUCUGUUCUGCAGACUCGACAGCGCUGAGCUCAAUAUCAGAUGGUUUCCUAUGUUCCUGAAACGGUGACUGGCCGUUCUCACACCUCCUCUCUCCCAAAUGUACUCCCCACCCUGUUAUUUCCCCCCUUCCUGAUGUUCCCCUUGACAGCAGAGAGGAGGAUCAGAAAUGCAACUUUUAAGAAAGGCGUUAGCAGCCGGGAUGUUGGGAGAGAUGUGUUUUCUGGGUUUCCGGGGCAACCAUCUCCAGGCUGAACUCCCUGCUCUCCAAAAAAAAAUUACAUCUCAGGGCUGCAUUUUUGAACCCUUCCCAAAACCGUCCUCUCCCACAGGUACGGAGCACUAAAUCAGCCUGGAACUUUGCAUCGCUAUCUUCUUAACAUCCCUGAGUUAAAUCUGCAGGUUUAUAUAUUGAAAUAAAAAAAAAUUAAUGUUCAGAAAUGUACCAAAAAAGCACGUGCAUAGAUACGGGGACCACAUGUCUGGAUCAGCACAGGAAAACAGCCCUGAAACCAUUUUGACUCCCAAACUGACCAAAUGUUUUCUCUGCAAGGAGGGAGGGGGUGAGGGAACCUUCCCAUUGUCUCAGGAAUUGGGUAAUCACCAUCUCAAAGGAAUGGGCAGACUACCAGGAAAGGCAAUCAGAUGGGGCAUUAUCAGAUAACCUGGCAGAUAGGAAAAACAAUGACACUCAAAUUUCUGUUGUAGACCACCUUUUCUGUGAUGCAGGUAUGAUGUUUGUGGGGGGUGGUCUUGGGUUACACCCCUUCUGUGAUGUAUGUAUGAUGUAUGGAGGGGUGGUCUUGGACUCCAGGGCGGGCAAUUUAAAAUGUCUAUAUAAGGGCGGACACACAUUGGUUCUGGGUCCUCCUUCAUUCCUGCGUGUGAGGGGAGCACCCUGUUGCAACAGAUCAAUAAAGAUCAGGCUUACAAGCUGCUGCUUUUCUUCUCAAUAUUCUCUGGUUGGCCUCUGUUAUUUUCUCUGAUCGAUGGAGAACCUACAAAGGACUCUGUAUAUAUGACCUUAAAUUUUUUAUUUCACUUUUCUUUCCCUUUGGUCCUCAGGAGCUGCUGUCUGAGGAUGACGCCGAAGAGCUGGACCCGGUAUGUGGCUCUCUCUCCCAGGGGUCUGACCCGGUUGAACUGCUGCCUGCACGAGGGGUGUAUGUUUUUCCAUUUCGUCGCGUGUUUUGGAACAGCUCUGGAGCAGGGAUUCCAGAAAACCCCUUCUCCUCUGCAGCGGUUUCUGCAAGGAAAACAGAUUGUCUAAGGCAAUGGGGAGGAACCAGUAGCCCUCUCUGGAUGUUUUCUGGAAAAGACUCCAGCUCCUAUCACCCUCCACCAUGGGCCAUGCCAGCUGGGGAUGAUGGGAACUGAAGUCCAAGAAUAUCUGGGGGUCCCUGGUACAAGGGAACAGAGCCUGGCUGGGUCAGACCAUGGUCCCACUUAGUCCAGCACCCUGUUCUCACAGCGGCCACCCGGGAAACCCACCAGCAGGAUCCGAGCCGAAGAGCCCUCUCCCCUCUUGCAAUUCCCAGAAAUUGGUAUUCAGAGAAAUAAUAAUAAUAGUAAUUAUAAUAAUGCUGCCGUUCCAAUAAAAACACAAGAGAACGUCAAACAUAAAUACCGUAUUUUUUGCACCAUAACACUCACUUUUUUCCUCCUAGAAAGUAAGGGGAAAUGUCUGUGCGUGUUAUGGAGGAAAUGCCUACGGGUGGCAUGCCUACGGAUUUUCCUCCUCUAUAAACUACGUGCGUGUUAUGGUCGGGUGCGUGUUAUAGAGCGAAAAAUACGGUACUUAAAGUCUCUGACCUUGGAGGCAGAGAACAGCCAUCCUGGCUAGUAAUAAUAAUAAUAAUAAUAAUAAAUUAUUUAUACUCCGCCCUUCUCGGUUAAGGAAACCAGGCUCAGGGCGGCUAACAACAAAUUUAAAACACUUAACUGAUGUUACAAAAAAACCAGCAUAAAAUACAGUAUAAAGCGUAAAUAACAAUAAAAUAAAAAAUCAAUUUAGUAGCUCUUUCCUCCGCCGUGAAUUUAUUUAAACCUCUUUUUGCUGCCUCAAGUGGCAGGGAGUUCCAUAGUUCAGCUACGCCUGAAUCUUUCAACGUUCAGUCUUGUUGGGUGUUCACGAAUUCUCGCGUAAUGGGAGAGGGGGGAAAGUAUUCCUCUAUCCCGUUUCUGCGUUUUAUAAACUCCUGUUGUGUCUCCUUUUCCUUGCCUUUUCCGCAAGCUGAAAAUGCCCAAACUCUGUAACCUUUAUUUGUGGGACAGCUGCUCCAACCCCAUGGUCACCCUUUCCCUUCCCCUCUCCCAACUCUACAAUAGCAGGUGGAUGGAUGGAUUGCGCUGGGGUGGGGGUGCUGAUUUUGGAAAAGAAAACGUUUGAUCCAAAUAUUACCUGGUAAUGGGACAGCAGGCUGAUGCCUCAGGUGAGCCUGGCACUGCCAUCCUUUAGGGAUUUGCUUUUUACAGAGAACCCAGAUGCAGUGGUACCUUGGUUCUCAAACUUCAUCCGUUCCAAAACCAAAGCGUUCCAAAACCAAGGCACGCUUUCCCAUAGAAAGUAACGCAAAACGGAUUAAUCCGCUCCAGACUUUUAAAAACAACCCCUAAGACAGCAAUUUAACAUGAAUUUUACUAUCUAACGAGACCAUCAAUCCAUAAAAUGAAAGCAAUAAUCAAUGUACUGUACUAUGAAAUAAAUAAGACAGUAUUGUAGGUGAUAAAUAUUUAAAUAAUUUUGUUCCCCUUACCUGCACUGAUGGUGGUCCUUGUUUGGAUGGGGGGCUUUUAUCCAUUUCCACAGUCACAUAACCAGUCAAUCAGUAGCUGAACUGGGUUCCACACAGUCACAAAAAACUAAUUAACCGGAAAAAACCUCAAAAACGCAAAAUAAAUAGCAAAACCAAAAGUGCCAAACUUAAUCCGUUCUGAAAGUCCGUUUGACUUUCGAACUGUUUGAAAACCAAGGUGCGGCUUCUGAUUGGUGCAGGCGCCCCGGAAAUGAUAGCCAGUUUGAAAACCGGAACACUUAAUUCUGGGUUUUUGGAGUUUGAGAACCAAAGCUUUUGAGAACCAAGGUACCUGCAAUUUUGCCUGCCCUCUGUGUCUUGCAUUGUUCCUCUCUCCCUCUAGGUGGUGCUGUCUACCGGCUGGAGCAGCCAAGGCAAGUUCCUGCACCAUUUUGCCCAGCAGGGGGCGCUGCGGCAAAGGAGGCAGGGUGAGUGUCUCCCUCAAUGGAGUGGACGGGGAGGGGAGCAGGCGAGGCACCUGAUAGGUCAGGGAAUGUGGGAGUUGUACAGGUGAAACUCGAAAAAUUAGAAUAUUGUGGAAAAGUUCGUUUAUUUCAGUAAUUCAACUUAAAAGGCGAAACUAAUAUAUGAGAUAGACUCGUGACAUGCAAAGCGAGAUAUGUCAAGCCUUUAUUUGUUAUAAUUGUGAUGAUCAUGGCACACAGCUGAUGAAAACCCCAAAUUAACAAUCUCAGAAAAUUAGAAUGUUAAAUGAAAUCAGCAAAACAAGGACUGCAAAUAGAGCGAUAUUGGACCUCUGAGAAGUAGAAGCAUGCACAUGUACUCAGUACUUGGUUUGGGCCCUUUUGCAUCAAUUACUGCCUCAAUGCGGCGUGGCAUGGAUGCUAUCAGCCUGUGGCACUGCUGAGGUGUUAUAGGAGACCAGGAUGCUUCCAUAGCAGCCUCCAGCUCUUCUGCAUUGCUCGGUCUCAUGUCUCUCAUCUUUCUCUUGGCAGUGCCCCAUAGAUUCUCUAUGGGGUUCAGGUCAGGUGAGUUUGCUGGCCAAUCAAGCACAGUAAUCCCAUGGGCAUUGAACCAGGUUUUGGUACUUUUGGCACUGUGGGCAGGUGACAAAGUCCUGCUGGAAAAUGAAAUCAGCAUCCCCAUAAAGCUCGUCUGCGGAAGGAAGCAUGAAGUGCUCCAAAAUCUCUUGGUGGACGGCUGUGUUGACCCUGGACUUAACGGAGCACAGUGGACCAACACCAGCUGAUGACAUGGCUCCCCAAAUCUCUUUUCUGAUGAGAGCAGCUUUUGCAUCUCACUUGGAAACCAAGGACCCAGAGUCUGGAGGAAGAACGGGGAGACACACAAUGCCAGAUGCUUGAAGUCCAGUGUGAAGUUUCCCCAGUCUGUGUUGAUUUGGGGAUGUUUCGCACUGCAACUCCCAGCCGCCCCCAGCUAGCACCGCCGUGCAGUGACGAUGGGAGUUGUAGUCCGACGUGGCUGGGCAUCUGGGGCUGGAGGGUGUUCUGGUGCAAAGCCUUCACAUCCCAGGAACGGCUUCAGCAGGCCAACGAAACCAGGCGAGGGUCGGCAACGGGUCUCAAACUGGACUUCUGAAACAGCACCACGCCACUUUAAACAGCCAGGACUCCCCCGCCUCCCCCCAAAGAAUCCUGGGAGAUGUAGUUUGUUUGUUUCAAAUUUUUUUUAUUGAUUUUCCAAAAAUUUUAAACAAACAGACAAACAAACAUAAAUCUCAACCGUAAUUAAACCAAUCUUAGUAACAUUGUUAAGUGACUUCCUUGCUUCCCCCUAGUUGAAUUUCAGUGUAUAUCAUUUUAACAGUUUUCCAAAACCAAUUUUCUCAUAAAAUUAACUUAAUCACUUAACAUCUUUCUUUCUUUCUAAUUUAAACAUAUUAAUUCCUAACAUUACAUAUUUAAAUCCUAAGCCUAUCAGAUAAUUGCAAGCUUCUUCAAUUAAAUUAUCUUAACAUAUUUAACUAAAUAGUGUUUAAAUUUCAUCCAUUCCUCCUGGUCCUCCUCCUCCUUCUGGUCGCGGACUCUUCCAGUCAGGUCGGGUAGCUCCGAAAAGUCCAUCAUCUUCAUCCGCCAUUCUUCCACUGUUGGAACUUCUUGUGUUUUCCAAUUCUUAGCUAACAAAAUCCUUGCUGCAGUUGUGGCAUACAUGGAGAUGUAGUUUUUUAAAGUUGCUGAGAGUCAUAAGGUGACCCCUGUUCCCCUGCUGAAACUACAGUUUCCAGAGUGGCGUAAAAACCAGUCCCUCUUCACUGGGAACCCUGGGAUUCGUAGCUCUCUGAGGGGAACAGGAGGGGUUUCCUAACAACUCCCAGUAAACUACAGCUCCCGGAAUCCGCAACUCUCUCCACCAUCCUAUAACUAGGCGCUGGCUGCAAUCGUGCAUUCACAGCUGUGCCUUAUUGACCUAGCAAGGCUCAAUCCAGCUCUAAGGUAAAGGUAAAGGGACCCCUGACCAUUAGGUCCAGUCGUGGCCGACUCUGGGGUUGCGGCGCUCAUCUCGCUUUAUUGGCCGAGGGAGCCGGUGUACAGCUUCCGGGUCAUGUGGCCAGCAGGACUAAGCCGCUUCUGGCGAACCAGAGCAGCGCAUGGAAACGCCGUUUACCUUCCCGCCGGAGCGGUCCCUAUUUAUGUACUUGCACUUUGACGUGCUUUUGAACUGCUAGGUUGGCAGGAGCAGGGACUGAGCAACGGGAGCUCACCCCGUCAUUGCGGGGAUUCGAACCACCGACCUUCCAAUUGGCAAGCCCUAGGCUCUGUGGUUUAACCCACAGCGCCACCCACGUCCCCUACCAAGCUCUACCUCUCUUUCAAAUCAGAACCAGUGAAGGCGUUGAAGGUCCUGUGUGAGUGUCUGGAGGUACUUAGAGGAUGGAUGGCGGCUAACAAGUUGAAGUUGAAUCCUGACAAGGCAGAAGUACUGUUUUGGGGGGACAGGAGGAGGGCGGUGUGGAGGACUCCCUGGUCCUGAAUGGGGCAGCUGUGCCACUGAAGGACCAGGUGCGCAGCCUGGGAGUCAUUCUGGACUCACCGCUGUCCAUGGAGGUGCAGGUCAGUUCUGUGUCCAGGGCAGCUGUCUGCCAGCUCCAUCUGGUACGCAGGAUGAGACCCUCCCUUCCCACAAACUGUCUCGCCAGAGUGGUGCAUGCUCUGGUUAUCUCCCGCUUGGACAGCUGCAAUGCGCUCUACGUGGGGCUACCUUUGAAGGUGACCCGGAAACUAUAAUCCAGAAUGCGGCAGCUAAACUGGUGACUGGAAGCGGCCGCCAAGACCACAUAACACUGGUCCAGAAAGACCUCCAUUGGCUCCCAAUAUGUUUCCGAGCACAAUUCAAAGUGUUGGUGCUGACCUUUAAAGCCCUAAACAGCCUCGGCCCAGUAUACCUGAAGGAGCAUCUCCACCUCCAUCGUUCUGCCCGGACACUGAGCUCCAGCUCCGAGGGCCUUCUGGCGGUUCUCUCGCUGUGAGAAGCCAAGUUACAGGAAACCAGGCAGAGGGCCUUCUUGGUGGUGGCACCCGCCCUGUGGAACUCCCUCCCACCAGAUGUCAAAGAGAAGAAUAACUACCAAACUUUUAGAAGACAUCUGAAGGCAGCCCUGUUUAGGGAAGCUUUUAAUGUUUAAUAGGUUAUUGUAUUUUAGUGUUUUGUUGGAAGCCGCCCAGAGUGGCUGGGGAAACCAGUGGGGCAGGGUAUAAAUAAUUUAUAAUUAUUAUUAUUAUUAUUAUUUCUCCCCAUUUCACAGCAGCCAAAGGCAAGCGCUCCCGGCCUCGGAGACCCAGCACUGUCUCAGCUGCGCACUACGAAGGUGAGAGAACAUGUGGCACGCUCCCUUGCGCCUUGCGCCCAGAUCUGGCCCCACUCAGCUCACCCGUCGGGGGAAGAAAGCAGGGACCCUUCCCACAGCCCCCCCUGCUUUUAUUUGGGAGGGACUGCUUUGGUUUUGGGGGGGUCUUCUUUCUCGCCAAACGGUGCUUCUCGUGCCCUCAGGAACCCGCUCACGAUCCCUUAGAGAAUCCAGGAGUCCUGCCUGACCCCCGUCUUUUAUUUUUAUUAUUUCAGUGCAGCCCACCGAAGGACGAGCUGGGAUCCAGGCAGGUAACACUUCUUGGGCUGGGGCUUCUUUAAUGGCUGGGUGGGGAGAAGAGGGGAAGGCUUAUGAGACCCUGUCCGCACCCUAAUAAUAAUAAUGAUAAUAAUAAUAUUUUUUUAUUUAUACCCUGCCCUUCCUGGUUCAAAAACUGGGCUCAGGGCGGCUAACAACAAAUUUAAAACACUUAAUUAUAAAAGCAGCAUAAAAUACAGUAUAAAAACAUGAAUAACAAUAAAAUUCAAAAAUCAGUUAAAUAAUCCCCAGGGCUAGCUGGCUGAAUUGGUCCUACUUGGGCCAGCGAGGAGACAAGGGGAGAAUUAGCUGUGGGGUCUCAGAGCAGGUGAUCUUCAUAAAAGGGGAAGGGGAGGGAAGAGAAGAGAAGAGAAGGGAAAUAAAAGAUCAGGCUGGAUUCGAAUUAAAGGCCAGGCGGAAUAGCUCUGUCUUACAGGCCCGGCGGAAGGAGGUUAAAUCCUGCAGGGCUCUGGUCUCCUGGGACAGAGCAUUCCACCAGGUCGGAGCCACCACUGAGAAGGCCCUGGCCCUGGUGGAGGAUAGUCUUGACUUCCUUAGGGCCCUCUAAACUAUGAUUAUACAUGGACCUUAAGGUCCUCUUUGGGGCAGACCAGGAGAGGCGGUCCCUUAAAUACAAGGGCCCUAAGCAGCGUCCAGGCCACUUUAAACAGUCAUGGCUUCCUCCAAAGGUUUCUGGGAGCUGUAGUUUGUUAAGGGUGCUGAGAGUUGAUAGGAGAUCCUGUUCUCCACACAGAGCUAUAAUUCCCAGGGAAGAGGGAUUAACUGCUAAACCUCUCUGAUAAUUGUAUCACAGCGCCUUUGGCAAACUACAACUCCCAGGGUUCUGUGGGGGAAGCCACGGCCGUUCAGAGGGGUAUCAAGGCACUUUAAAUGUACGGCUGUGAAUGUGUGUGUGUGUAGUUUUUUAAAUAUCCACAAAUGUUUUACCGUAUUUUUCGCUCCAUAAGACGCACCUAGUUUUUAGAGGAGGAAAACAAGAAAAAAUAUAUAUUCUGAACGAAACAGUAGAUGUAUGAUUUUUGCGGUUCAUUCUGUGGCCACAGACAUGUGAUCUGAUGGUGAAUUUGGGGUGACCCAAUGCAAAAAUCCUGAGGAUCCACGUGGAUCUGUUCUUAUUUUUUAUAUAUGCAGUUGUUAAAAAAGGUAAAGGGACCCCUGACCGUUAGGUCCAGUCGUGGACGACUCUGGGGUUGCAGCACUCAUCUUGCUUUACUGGCCGAGGGAGCUGGCAUACAGCUUCCGGGUCAUGUGGCCAGCAGGACUAAGCCGCUUCUGGCGAACCAGAGCAGCGCACGGAAAUGCCGUUUACCUUCCCGCUGGAGUGGUACCUCUUGAUCUAUUUGCACUUUGACGUGCCUUUGAGCUGCUAGGUUGGCAGGAGCAGGGACCGAGCAACAGGAGCUCAGGAGCUCACCCCAUCGCGGGGAUUCGAACCGCCGACCUUCUGAUUGGCAAGUCCUAGGCUCUGUGGUUUAACCCACAGCGCCACCCAUGUCCCUAUAUGCAGUUGUUACAUACAUACAUAUACACGUGUGUGUGUGUGUGUAUGGCACCAUUCACAUAACAAAAGCUACUGUAGAUAUUUUAUCAAAAUUUUCAAAAUCAGGACCCCGCUGGGUAAUCUAACCGGGGUAGCGAGGCAAAGGGGGGCAAUUUGGAGAGAUGCUUUGCCAGCCACAAACUCCUCAACCGUUUCCUUCUCCCCCCACCCUUCCCCAUAGAUGCUGACGGGACCAUCCGCGGGUGGGUGGAAGCUAAACUCAACACGACCAGCCCCCUCCGUUACGACAGCAGCCGGGGCGAAUUCAGAGUGGCCAAGAGGGGCCUAUAUUACCUGUACUGCCAGGUGAGGGCGUGAAAGGUAAUCUGGGGCCACAGAGGGCCCAGGUGGUUUUGGGGUUCUCAGGGGGGAGGAAGCGGAGACUUGUGGGUAAAAAGAGCAAGGCAUCCUGGGAAAUGAUGAACUUUGGUUCUUGGGGGGCGGGGGGAAGAGGGAGAAAGAACAUUUCCCAAAGUUGUCAGUAUUGAUCUCCCCGGGGUUGAUGGGCUGCGUAGGGGCAAAUAAAGGUCUAGAGGUCAAAAGGGGGUUUACAGGUCUCAGCAAUAAAGGGCACGAGCAUGUACAGAGUGCCCCUGUCUGGCCAACAAGGACCCUCCGUAUCCCAUCUCUUUAGGUGAGAUUAAAAAAAAAAAACAGCGUCGUCAUUCUUUUGACCUUCUUUUUUAAAUACAGUGGUGCCUCGCAAGACGAAAUUAAUCCGUUCCGCGAGAGUCUUCGUCUAGCGGUUUUUUCAUCUUGUGAAGCAAGCCCAUUGACAGAUUAGCGCUAUUAGCGCUAUCAGCUGUUUAGCGGCUAUUAAAGGCUUAAAGGCUUAGGGGAUUAGCUGCUAAAAGGCUAUUAAAGGCUAUUAAAGGCUUAGCAGAUUAGAUAAAGGGGGGGGGAAAGCGAAAAAAAAAUCUCAAGACUCGCAAGACAUUUUCGUCUUGCGAAGCAAGCCCAUAGGGGAAUUCGUCCUGCGAAGCAACUUCAAAACGGAAAACCCUUUCGUCUAGCGGUUUUUCCGUCUUGCGAGGCAUUCGUCUUGCGGGGCACCACUGUACACAUUUUAUUAUUGCUAGCUAACGGCGACGGGUGAUUAAUGUGAAUUGUAAAUACAGUGGUACCUCGGGUUACAGACGCUUCAGGUUACAGACUCCGCUAACCCAGAAAUAGUACCUCGGGUUAAGAACUUUGCUUCAGGAUGAGAACAGAAAUCGUGCAGCGGCAGCAGGAGGCCCCAUUAGCUAAAGUGGUGCUUCAGGUUAAGAACAGUUUCAGGUUAAGAACGGACCUCCGGAAUGAAUUAAGUACUUAACUCGAGGUACCACUGUACUGACAUUUCUUGACUUCUUUCUUGUUGCGAGUUCGCGAGGAUUUGGGUUGGGCCGGUGAAAGGUGUAGGUUAAGCCGAUCGAGGGGUCAGCUGAACUCAGAGGUUUGGGAAAUAACAACAACAACAACGACAACAAUUUAUUAUUUAUAUCCUGCCUAUUUGGCCGAGUUUCCCCAGCCACUCUGGGUGGCUCCCAAUUGAGUGUUAAAAACAAUACAGCAUUAAAUUAAAAAAACUUCCCUAAACAGGGCUGCCUUCAGAUGUCUUUUAAAGACAAGAUAGCUGCUUAUUUCCUUGACAUCUGCUGGGAGGGUGUUCCACAGGGCGGGUGCCACCACCGAGAAGGCCCACUGCCUGGUUCCCUGUAACCUCACUUCUCGCAGGGAGGGAACCCUCAGAGGGCCCUCAGAGCUGGACCUCAGUGUCCAGGCUGAACGAUGGGGGUGGAGACGCUCCUUCAGGUCUACUGGGUCUUUGAGGCCGUUUAGGGCUUUCAAGGUCAGCACCAACACUUUGAAUUGUGCUCAGAAACGUACUGGGAGCCAAUGUAGGUCUUUCAAGACCGAUGUUAUGUGGUCUCGGCAGCCGCUCCCAGUCAGCAGUCUAGCUGCCGCAUUCUGGAUUAGUUGUAGUUUCCGGGUCACCUUCAAAGGUAGCCCCACGUAGAGUGCAUUGCAGUAGUCCAAGCGGGAGAUAACCAGAGCAUGCGCCACUCUGGCAAGGCAGUCCGCGGGCAGGUGGGGUCUCAUCCUGCGUACCAGAUGGAGCUGGUAAACAGCUGCCCUGGACACAGAACUGACCUGCGCCUCCAUGGACAGCAGUGAGUCCAGAAUGACUCCCAGGCUGCGCACCUGGUCCUUCAGGGACACAGUUAUCCCAUUCAGGAGUCCCCCACACCCGCCUCCUGUCCCCCAAGAACAGUACUUCUGUCUUGUCAGGAUUCCACCUCAAUUUUAUCUCCAAGGAGGAGAUAACCAGAGCAUGCGCCACUCUGGCAAGAGUUCAGGCGGCUGCCUGCGAGGGAUUCUUUAGCUGAGAUUCCUGCAUUGCAGGGGGGUUGGGCUGGAUGGCCUUUGGGGUUCCCAGACAUUUCUGCGAUUCUGAGCUUAUUCUCCGUGUCACCCCUUGCCAGGUCCAUUUCAACGAAGGGAAGACCAUCUACAUGAAGCUGGACAUCAUGUUAGACGGUGAGCUGGCCCUGCGCUGCCUGGAGCAGUUCCCCACCACCAGCUCUGGGCCCCAGGACCCCGAACUUCGCGUCUGCCAGGUCUCCGGCCUGGUCCUGCUCCGGCCCGACGAGUCCAUCCGGGUCCGCACCAUUGCCAACGUCCGCCUCAAGGCUGACCGUUACCUCACCUACUUCGGUCUCUUCCAAGUCCACUGA